AUGGAAAAGCUAGACGUCGAACAGGUCGAGGUCAAAGACAUUGGUCAGCAUGAACCGUCCCCAGACGAGGUCAUCGCUGCUUCCGACCAAAGAACGAAACGCUCAGUCCUCGAACGAAGACUCCUUCUCAAAGCAGACCUGGUCAUUGUGCCGCUCAUCUCGGUCGCAUACCUAGCAUCAUACCUGGACCGCAACAGUAUCGGCAACGCCAGAAUCAUGGGCUUGCAGAAAGACCUGAACAUGAACGCCGACCAGUUCUACAACUGCCUGACAAUGUUCUUCAUCGGAUAUGCCAUCUCCAUGCUACCAGCAAACCUCACCGCGCGGAAAUUCAAACCCAAUCGCUCGCUCGGCGUGGCUGUGGUGUUUUUCGGCAUUUGUUGCUGCAGCAUGGCCGAGGCGAGAAAUUAUGCUACGAUUCUCGCAUUGCGCAUAUGUCUCGGUAUCGGUCAAGGAUUUAUCCAGAUGGCGCCUAUCUAUUGCAGUCUGUGGUACAGGCGCGACGAGCUGGCGACAAGAUCUUCGAUAUACUAUGCGUGCGCGACACUCUCUGGAGCUUUUGGAGGCUUGAUCGCCUACGGAGUUCAGUCAGAUCUUUCUUCUCCAGGAGGACGCACACCGUGGUCAUGGUUGUUCCUCAUCGAAGGUGUGCUGGCAGCUGGCGUCGGUCUCAUUAUCAUCCUAGCUCUGCCAAGGUUCCCAGAUGACUUGCAUCGCCGCGAGAAGAAACACUGGCUCUUUACUUCGGAGGAGAUUGAGCUAGCCUACAAGCGAUAUAACGGCAAGUUCCACUUUCAACCUAACUUAACGAAGCAGCUUCUUGCGGUGGUCACGGACGUCAAAACAUAUUUCUUCAGCUUCAUCCAAGGCGCAGCUGUGCUAGGUGUUUCUGUGGUAGGGAGUUUCCUGCCAACAUUCAUCCAUGAUUUUGGUUUCAGCCCUGUCCGGACACAACUUUUCACCGUGAUUCCAUACGCGCUGGCAUUUGUCACGGUGAUCGCAGUGGGAUACCUAUCCGAUCGCUGGAACACCAAAGGCCCUUUCCUUUUCGCAUCCUGCUGCAUCGGAUGCCUCGGAUAUAUAUUACUUAUGACUGUCUCAUCAAUGAGUGCCAGAGUCGUAGCGACCUGCCUAGUCACCGCAGGAUGCUACCCUAUUGGCAUCCUCCUACCUGUCUGGCUUUCCAUCAACACUCCCAACUUCACAAAGCGAGGAGCAACAUGGGCGUUUUCUGAAAUUUUUGGAAUCGCCUUCUCUAUCAUGGGCACCCGGAUCUAUACUAGUCCACCGCGCUAUUAUAGAGGCCAUGGCACGGUGCUCGGUUUCUUUGCCUUUGCAGCGAUAAACGUGGCGGCGACAUAUUUCUGGAUGUGGAAGCAAAAUGCGAAGAAAGAAGCUGUCUUGGAAGAUUAUGCUCGCCGUGGUGAGAUUCAUCCCCACAUCGCACAAAGGAUGACUUUGGAGGCGUUGCAGGACGAGCACAUCGCGUUUCGGUACGUCCUCUGA